AUGCAUAAAUCCCAGAAGGGCACAGGUAGUGUAACACAUGUGGAAACCUUGUUGACGAGAGACGAUCACCAAACAAUAGGCUUUGCUUUUUCAGCAGUGUUCUACAAACCAGUUGGAGACGUGACAGAAAUCAGAUCUGGGUAUCUGCGCAAGUCUCCUCCCCCCAAGCUAUUUAAGACAGAGAAAUCUUGGAAGACGAGAUACUUUGUGCUGUUCAAAGUCAGGAGCAAUGAACAUCAGCUGAAGUACUUCGAGAGUGCAGAGGAAAAGGAGAGGCCACUAGGAGGGAUAGAUUUGGAACGUAUCUCACUGUUGUACGUGAGCCCUCAGCAGCACCAGAAAUGGGAAUGGGUCCAGAAGAUGUUCAAGUGCUCCCCGUCCUGCGUGCUAUACCUCAGCGCCGCCGGGCGGGACUACUUCCUGGUCGGGCAGAACAGUGAUGAAGUGGACCUGUGGUUCUCUGCCCUGUAUGACGCCCUGAAAAACCGGCCACAUAAAUUAUUGAGUUCUGAAACAUCACUAAAAAUACGGUCCUUCUCUGACCCGAAGUCCGAAAGUCUUAACAACACUGACAAAUCAAAGCAGAGUGACGAUGGCUCCAAGAGACCUGUAUCAGAUCCGAUCUAUGACUACCCGAAAUCCUUCCCGGUCGAGGGAGAUCGCUCAAGCCGCAGCAUGGACUCUCCAUAUGAAACGAUGAAGGAACUGCAAGAUAAGUCAAAUGUUUGCAGGGGCCGUGAGGUUAACGGGGUCCAGCCUGGGACCCUGAUGAGGUUUGUCUGUCAGGUCUUUGACAAACAUAAGACCCAGAUUUCGCCGCUCAGCGAGGAGAAUCAAGCAGACAACAGGGAAGACACGCAUCCUUCAGACGGCAGCGGCAGCAGCAGCGACAGCGACGACGGGGCCGCCUCCCCUGUAAAGACGCCGGAGAGUCGUAAUGAGCCAACACUGGAGAAGCAAACCUCCACCCUGGAGAAGCAAACCUCCACGGAGAGUCUCGAACACACCAUCCCAGAGGAAAGAGAUAUUGAGGUCAAGCAGGCAGAUUUGAAAAAGCACUUGACACUAACAGAGGUGGAUGGGAAACCAAGUGUCUCUGCGUGGACAGGCCAGCCACAGACAGUGUGUCUCUUCCACAAAGGAGACCAAGUACUGGGAAUCAAUGACCUCCACAUCGGCAGCGUGACAGAUUUCUACGCGUAUGUGAGCAAUUCGCUGAAGAAUGAGGUGAAACUCACCCUCCUGCGUCUCCCUGGACAUCUGCCUCUGCAUUGCACAAACUGCCCCUGCAACGGCUGAAGGAAAACUGACCACUAA